AUGGCUGGCCUGUUGAACGGAGUGGGAGGCGUGGUCGGCGACACCGUCGGAGGCGUGACCGCACCUCUCCUCGGGCAGGGGAGGAGCAACAACAGGAAUGGAAACGACGACGACGAGACAGCGCGGCCGCAGCGCGAUAGUCUGCUGGCCCCGGCGCCUUCGGCCUCGGCCUCGGCAUCUUCACCGCCAGACAGGAACAAUGCCGCCGAGAGCCAGGGCCUCAUUCAAAUCUCGGUUCCCAACCUGCUCCCAACCCUGCCGCUGCGGAACGGCGGCGGCAGCAGCACCAGGGGCACUGCAGCUCCUACGAGCAUCGCCAGGGGCACCUCCAGAAACAGCGCCACCGCGGCACCGUCUUCUUCUCCGGCGCCCACGUCUGUCCCGGCGAACACGCCCACGCCGCCUGCACCGACGUCCGACCCGGAGCCCACGUCGAUCCCACCACAGUCACCACCGGAGACGACGCCGCUGCUGACACCGGUGCCGACGACGCUCGAGACGAUCGCCACGCCGCUGCCGUCGACCAGCAGCGUGCUCAGCGUCGGCCAGGGCCUGGGCGCACCGUCUCCGGCGGCCCCGAGCGCAGCGCAGAGCCAGGCCAGCGGUGGUGGGUUCGUCAUGGACCCCACCAAGAACCCGGUCAUGAUGGCGCUGGUGAUCGCGGUGCCGAUCGGACUGGCGCUCAUCAUUGGCAUCACCGUGCUGCUGUUCAAGAAGGGCUGCUUGGGCAGCGAGCGGCGCCAGGGCAGGGUGAUCAAGGACGAGAUCGAGCACGAGGCGUGGCAAAAGGUGCACGCACAGAAGUUUGGUCCUUCGGCCAACUACUAG